AUGGCAUUUAAUGAACAAAUCCGGUUUCAGUUUACACAGCUAGAAAAUAUGAUCUGGCAUUCUUUGGACAGUCACUUAUAUAGAAACGCAAUCUUUCUUGCAGAGAGAUUACACGCACAGGACCGCAAUAAUGAAAAUUCGCGUUUUUUGCUGGCGACUUGCUAUUAUCGCAACGGACAAAAAAAAGCCGCAUAUAUGUUGUUGAAAGAAGCCCAAUCAGUAAAGUGCAAAUAUCUUUUCGCAAAAUGCUGUUUGGAUCUUAAUAAAGCGGGCGAAGGUGAAGAAAAACUUCGAUCGGUUCUAUCCGAGGUAGAUGAUGUUUCAUCAGAUACUUUCGCUCAUAUAUCCAAAAAUAAUCAACCAGACGCGUCAUCUAUCUUGUGCCUUCUAGGUGCUUUGUGCAAACAGGCCAAGCGACCUGAAGAAGCCGCCCAUCAUUACCUUUGUUGUAUUAAAAAAAAUCCUUAUAUGUGGGAAGCCUUUGAAAGUCUUUGUCAGCUUGGUAAAUCAAAUCAAGUUGACAUUGACGAAAUAUUCCAGUCUACCACUGAAAAAUCUACAAGAAUACCGUGCGCCGAUUUAUUUCGUAAUUCACAAAUGUUUGUACCGCAAUCGAGUUUAAAGGUUGAAAAAGGUUCGAGGAGAAGUAUACAGAUUUCUUCAUUGAAGCCAUUGAUAUCUACAUCUGUAACGGAAAGAGAAAAAAAAAGAUCUCGAAUUGCUAAUGAUGAAAGAAUUCUUAUAGGCUUAGAUGAGGAAAAGAAAUGGUCCAAAGUACCAAGGGAAGGAAAAACAACUACAAAUGUCGAAAAUGAAGUAGCGGAAGCUCUGCAAAAAACAACAUUAAGUCCUCAGAUCAAUCUGGAAUUAGACAAAAUAGAUGACACAGAUUUGAAAUCGGAUAAUAAUGAAUUUCUGCAUUUGCUAAAGCAAUUGGCUAAGGGUUACGGGUAUUUAAGUCAAUAUGAAUGCGCCAAAGCGAUUGAAGUUUUUUCGGAACUUCCACCUUCACAAUGCAAUACAGCGUGGGUUCAAAGCCAUAUGGCGAAGGCCCAUUUUGAAAUGGUUAAUUACCCUGUGGCUGAGCAUUACUUUCAGAAAGCACGUCAACUUGAACCAUAUCGCCUUGAGGAUAUGGAAUUAUAUUCCACAACAUUAUGGCAUUUGCGUAAAGAUACUGCUCUUAGUGCUUUAGCGCAUGAGCUAAUAGAGUUCGAGCGUAGAUCACCUCAAACUUGGUGUGCUGUUGGUAAUUGUUUUAGUAGACAACAAGAACAUGAUGUAGCAUUGAAAUGCUUUCGGCGGGCGAUACAACUUGACCAGUCAUUCACUUACGCGCAUACUUUGUCUGGUCACGAAAGUAUGGCUAAUGCAAAUUACGAAGAUGCCCAAAGGCAUUUUAGAAACGCGUUAAAUACUAAUAAACGACAUUAUAAUGCACUGUACGGUCUUGCUAAUUAUUACAUCACAUGUGGCAAAACGUAUGAAGCAGAGCAAAAUUACAGAAUGGCGAUGAAAAUCAACCCAAAUCAUGCAGUCCUUAUGUGCUGCUUGGGGAAGGUAUUAGAAAAGAUGGGUAAAGUUGAAGAAGCACGUGCUCUUUAUGAUCGUGCGUGCCAAGUUACUCCACAAACACCGUUAGCUAUAUUCAAAAAAGCGAAAUCCUUAUAUAGAGAUAAACAAUAUAAGGAUGCACUUGAAGAAUUGGAAAAACUCAAAAAGACAGUUCCAAAUGAACCAAAAGUUUAUUUCCUAAUGGCGAAAAUUCAUAAGGCAAUGGGUGAAAGAACUAAAGCUACGCAAAACUUUACUUUAGCAUUAAAUUUGGAUCCUAAAAUGAUGCAUAUUGUAAAAAAUGCCAUAGAACAGUGUUGUUGA